AUGAAUUCUAAUCAAGAAAUUAUCAAUUUCAUCCAAAGCAACAGUGGCGAUACAAAAGAUGUACUCAUCUUGAAAGUGGGUCAAAGAUUCGGCAUUUCAAUUGCUGAAGCAAAGGAUGCUCUCGAUCUUGUUGUUGAAAGCAGAAGAGUGAAUUCCACAACAUCUGCACCAUCUUCUCAAACAUUCGUCUACCAAAAACAAGGUGGUAAUGGAUUCUCUGGUUAUCGCAACGAAGGCAGCCAAGUCAACAGACCAAGUUCAAGUGUUGGAGGAAAUAGGAAUGGUGGAAAGAAUGAAAAAGCUGCAGACAGAUACCAACUAGAAAAACAACUGAUCAAGAUGAAACUUGAGAGAGAAUCCAAAAAGUUGAGAAAGGAAGGAAUUACAAAUUUUCUCGAAUCCAAAAAAACCAACCUUGUUUCAUUUGACAAAUGCGUUAAUGAGCACAUUGAUCCAGAAACCUUCAAGUCUCUAACUAUUUUGGCAAAGAAGGACAGGACUUAUGUUCUCUAUUACUUGUAUGUUGGUUUGGAUUUAGAAAGAAUUACUGUUCUAAUGAAUGAACACGGAUCUGAUUCAAAAAAGGUGAAGAAAAUUGUUGACAAGUUGUCCAAAGAAAACCAUCCUAUCUGGGUCAAAUAUUCUCAAAAACAUGCCAUCUAUAAAGCCUACAGUGAAAAGGUUGAGGAAAUUUGCACAAAAAAAGAUCCUUCGUUUUUGGAGAAGCUAUUAAGUGUCUUUAGAUCAGAUAAAACUGAUGAUAACUCCUCCCAAAAAUCAUCAAAGAAUGACAAAUCCAAUAAGGCAUCAAGCAAUACAACUUCUUCUGCAGCCAAAGAUAAGAAUAUUGACCUAUCCAAACUCAACAAUGAGAAUGAUCUGAUUGGAAAGAGUGGAAUUUUCAGAUACGAUCAAAAAAACGAUCUCUAUGUUUUGAAGACAACUGGUGAUUACAAAGGAAAAGAUAAGGUCUGUCUUAGAGAUACCAAUAAGGCAAAGUUUGAACAAUUACUAAACGGAAAACCGUUACCAGCAAAAAUUAUUGGCAAGAUUGAUUGGGUUCAGCUUGGUAAUAAUCUUGUAGUUGGCGCAAGAUGUAGUGCCAAACAAUAA